CUUCAAAACAACCAAUCAUAUGACUGGAAUGAUUUUUCAUGUUAUUGAUUUUAAAUACUAAAUGGUUGAUUUUCCCGUUUUUUUUUUGAAAAAAAAAACUAAUAAAAUAAAAUAAAAUCAGGAUAAAUUAAACGGAUUGACAAAUCCAUUAUUUCACGACGGACAUUAUUAUUAUUAUUAAUGGUAUUAAUGAUGGGAAUAAUCAUGCCAUAUUGACUAUUUUGUCCUCAUCAUCAUCGUUAUCAUUAUCAUCAUCAUCAAUUCAUUGUUGGAAUUAUUUGGAAAUUUUAAUAAAAACACUUUAAUUUUUUGUUUUAUGUAAUAUUCAUACAAACAAUAUAUAGUGUUCAACUAAUUGAUUUCAAUUAAAUGUAACUACCAUGUUAACUCAAUCACCUGUACAAGAAACUUCAUUAAAUUAUCAACAUGUAAAUUCAACAACAAAACGACAAUUGUCAUCAUUUCCAAUUUCAAAUCAACAAUCUUUACCAAUAACACAUCAAGAAAUUGCAGUUACAUCAAAUUUAAUAGAUAUACAACAACAAAAUCAAUCUAUACCAUCUAAAGAUCGUCCAUUAAGUGAUGCAGAUCUUACAUUGAAUAAAAUUAAAUCUCCUUCUGGAAUUCCUCGAUUGUUCUCUUUGAAUGAUUCGAUUGCUAAUAGAUUGAAUAAUAAUAAUAAUAAUAAUAAAAGUAGUAACAAUAAUAAUUCAUCUCCAAAUAAUUCGCCAAAUGAACAAAAUGAUGAGAAUCGUAUGUCAAAUGGUAAUGCUUGUAACACUAAUAAUACUACAACCAAUUAUACAAAUACCAAUACGAAUAAUAAUCAUAAUUCGAUAUAUUCAAACAAUAUCUCAACAGAUCAUUCAACCUUACAAUCAAAUUCAUCUUAUCCACAAAAAUCUUUACCAACAAAGUAUAAUACAUUAUCAUCACCAAAUGGUUCUGGUAAUCAACGUGUUAGCCGACCACGUACUAUUAAUACAAUACAACCAGGGAAUAGACAAGAUCGAACAAUGUCUGAACAUCCUCACAAGUCAGUGGAUACGGAAUCGGAUACAUCAAGUGUAUUCUCUAGCAGUGGCCCACCAAGACCAAUCUCUUCGAAAAUUGGGUCGUUUCAAAAUGCAAAACAUAAACCAGGAGGUGGAAAUGUACAAAUUUUCAAUGAAAAAGUAAUUGUGAAUACAGUUGCUGGAAAAUGUAAUUCAUUAGCUAAUGUCAAGCAUAAACCAGGUGGAGGAAAUCUACAAAUUAUUGAUCAAAAACUGGAUUUUUCAUCUAAUACACAAUCGAAAGUUCGAUCCUUUCAAAAUAUUAAACAUGUUCCUGGUGGAGGUGACAAAAAGAUACCUGUUGAGAAAUUAGAUUUUAAAGAGAAAGCAUCACCAAAAGUUGGAUCACUUGCCAAUGUGAAACAUAAUCCAGCGGGUGGUGAUGUGAAAAUUUUCAAUGAACAUCUUCCAUGGUUAAAAUAUAAUAAACCAAAUUUACCAGAUUCAGAAAAAGAUCGAAUUAAUAAACGAUCUAAUAAUCAUAGUUUAAAUGGAACAAAUGUUAAUGAUCUAAUGAAUAUAUCAAUGUUAUCAGGCAGUACAGGACAUUAAUAUUAAUUAUGAUUCAGUAUCAUAGUAAUCUAAUCAAGAUUCAUUAAUGAAAUGAUUCGAGUUUAUUAUCCAUUGAUUGUUCUAUUGAGAUUUUUAUUCAUUUCACUUGAUCCAUAAUAAAGAAUAAACACACACACACACACACACACACAUAAACAUGUUCAUAUGAAAUAUAACAACAAGUUGAUGAAUAGAAAGUUUCUUUAUUAUUUCGUUCAUUGUCAUUCAAUUACAACAGUAUGUAGUCAUUAUGUUCUUUGUUGACUGACAAUUUCUUUGAUCCAUUCAAAGUUUUGUUAAUAACAAUAAAGUUUUAUUGAUUAGGGUAACACGAAAUAAAACAAAACAGACAAAAAAACGAGCUAUCAAUAUCAUCAUUUAAAAAGAAAAAAAUAGUCAUCCAAACUUUACACAUUCAUAUACUUCAGUAUUCAUUCCCUCUUGUUCACAUCAUUACAUUACAUAUACUCGAUAUAUAUAUAUUUGUAUGUAUUAAGUUAUGGGUUUGUGGUAUGCAUGAUAAUAUGCAUUUUUUUUUCUCUGUUUCUGUAUAUCCUAUUUCAUCAUUAUUCAUUUAUUGUUCUAUGAUUCAAAUUCACCGCCAGAAUUUUUUUUUUGAUUUUAGAGUUAUAUCAACUGAAAAAAAAAACACGUAUUUCAAAUUGUACAUUAUUCUUCAUAGUUUUCAAUUCAUUAUUAUUACUAUUAUCAUCACUACUACUAUUACUCCUACUACUACUAUUACUACUACUACUAUUACUAGUACCACUACUAUUACUACUACUACCAUUACUACUCCUACUAUUACUAGUACUACUCACUACACUACCAUUACUACUACUACUAUUACUUACUACUACACUACUACACCACCAUUACUACUCCUACUACUACUAUUACUACUACCAUUACUACUCUUACUAUUACUAUUACUACUACUACCAUUACUACUCCUACUAUUACUUCUGUUACUAUUACUACUACUACUAAUAAUAAUAAUAAUAACAAUAAAUAGUGAAAGUUCAGUACAGAUCUGCCCAUUUCAAAAUUGAAUGAAAUACAUCUAUAUAUAUAUAUUCCUUUACAGAUGUCGAUUAGUAACUACGUACUACACUUGGAACAAUGAGAGAC